AUGCGGCCCCCUAAUCAAUCACACCAAGGUGGGGAGCUGUCCGCCAACGACCAUCCGCCCGACGGCGAGCUCGGCGACCAGGCGGCCGCGGCGGCUCAGGCCAGCCUGCGCUCCCUGAAGGACUUGCAGGCCGCCGAGGUGAGGAGCGCGCUGAGCUCGCUGCGGGACCUCCUCGUGCCGGAUGGGCCACCCGCGCCUCCCGUGAGAGGAGGCACCACUGGCCCGGCCGACGCGGAGGUCUGGCCGUGGGCCGCAGACUCCUUUGUGGCAGCUCCUCCCGCUCCUCCGUUCGCCGAGCCGGACAUGGCCGAUUCCCGAUGCGCGUCCUCCAGCCGCGCGCGCAGACUGCUCGUUGAGGGGGCGCUUGCAGAGCAGAUGCUGGCUGACGAGAUACUCUCGAUGAGUGUGCUCACGGGGCAGGCGCGCACCGAAGACCGCACAGGGCCUCGCCCGCGACGCGGCCGCGGCGGCGCUGCCGCCGCCCCUGGCGGACGCGCGGCGAAGGUCCCCAGCCGCAGCGGCAGCCUCGCGGCCGGUCGCCGCCACUGCGCCGGAAGGCCGACCCCUCCGGUGGCGGCGCCGGCGCACGCGGCGGACCUCCGGCGGCCCGCGGCCACGCCGGUGGCCCGGGAGCUCGGCCGCGGGGCGGUGUCGCAGGUCUCCGUGUCGCUGAGGAGGCCCGUGGACCACGACUGCUCCACUGAGCUUGCCCAGGGGCAUGGGCGACGGGGCGCGGCGCCCCAGGCUGCACGGGCCGGCUCCGUCGCCCCUCUCCCGGCCGACGAGCUCCGCGGGAGGGCGCGGGCCGUGUGCCACGCGGCCGCCGCACGGCAGCCGGGCCGGGCCAGGAGCAGGGCGGUCCUGCUCGCCGCCGCCGCCUCGCCGUCGGGGGACCGGGGCGGCCGGUGA